CGCGCGCCUCAGUAUCGGGGUCGGGGUGUUUGUGCGCGCGUGAUUUGACGAAUGUGUGACGAGCCGUAAUUUCGGCAAACGGUACGGUGUGUGCACGCGGGAAAGUUUUUCCACACGCAAGUGAGCCAUUGCGUGAGUGUGUGAAAGAGAGAGAGAGAAAGCGAGUGUGAGUGAAGGGAGAAAGGAGUAAGAAAAAAUAAAACAAAUCACAACUAGAACACGGCUUUGAUCACAGUUGACGUUUCAAAGUCCCGUGUCGUGUCGCCUGCGGUGGACGAUUUUCGCAUUUUUUUGCAGCCCUUUUUGGCCAUUGUUGUCAUUCGAACAAAGAUCCGUCGUAUCAUCCGGCCAGUGCCAGUGGACGUAGAGUCAGCGGAAGCUUUCGACAUCGCUAUGCCACAGGACCGGUGAGCCGUGGGAAGACCAAAUAUGGGCGAAAAGGACGGCCACGAGCCUUACCGUUACGACACGUACGCACCGCUGAUGAAGCCCUCCUCCACGGUGAAGGGCGUGAAGGCGAUGCACUGUACCAGCGAGACGAGCACCGUGUUGAAGGGUGGCACUCAUGCCACAUUGACCAAACACAGCACUACGGUUCACAGCAAGGAUGGCACGGCUCGAUCGCGGUGUUGCUCGUGUUGUGGCGAUUCCCGCGGUAGUUCCACCUUUUGGGCUGCUUUGCUCACCAACAUCGGUGUGUGCACGUUGCUGCUGGCGUACACUCUGUUGGGAUCGUUCAUUUUCCUCGCGAUCGAGGGUGGCGCUUCACAGAUGCAACAGCGCACGUUGGCGUCGACGAACCGACAUCAGAAGCAGUUGCCUGUGAGCGGCUACCAUGGCCGGCAUGAUGCGGCCAAUCUCACCUUUCCACAGCUGAUCCUGUUGGAGGCGGUUGAGGCGCGUCAGAAAACGGUCGAGAACAUUUGGGACAUCACGGUGUCACUUAACAUCCUGUAUCGGGAAAACUGGACACGACUGGCGUCGAUGGAGAUCGCUCGCUUUCAGGAGCAGUUCGUAAACCGGCUGUUGGAGGAGAUGUCCCAGAUCAACAGCAUGCAGCAUGCGGCUCUCGGUCCACACGGGACCGGUCACGAUCCGGUGCACGGACAGGAACCAAAUUGGACGUUUGCUCGAGCCUUCCUGUACUCGCUUACGAUACUGACCACGAUCGGAUAUGGCAGUGUUGCACCACGAACCGUGCUCGGACGGAUGAUAACGCUGGCGUACGCUGUCCUCGGUAUUCCGUUGACACUGGUGUACCUUUCCAGCACCGGUGGCAUGCUGGCGAAGGUGGCUCGUGGUGUCUUUUCGAGAGUGUUAUGCUGCUGCCUCUGCUCGAACUGUGGCUACUGCUGUUACGACGAAAAACGCAUGGAAGAGAAGGAAAAGCGCAUGAAACGCAAACGCCAGCAAAUGGAGCUGCAUCAGCAACACCUCGGUCAGCAGCAACAGCAUGUGGGUCUGUCAGGGCAAGAACCGUACUACGUGCGCUCGGGAUCACUCCAAAACAGCGUCAGCUCGCCAGAGAAGCAGCUCGCAAUGUUGGGCCCUUCAGCAACCACACCAGAUCACGAUUCCACAACCGGAAGCAGCGAUAGUGGCUCACGUGCGUCCAUGCACGGGUUAAGCAUCCUCGCACCGAUCCUUCUCUGCGUGGCGAUGAUGUCCAUCUAUAUCGUGGUCGGUGCGUUGACACUUUUCCGGCUCGAAUCACUGCCACUCUCCGAUGGUGUGUACUUCUGCUUCAUGGCCCUAUCGACGAUUGGGUUUGGCGCGUUAGCUCCACCCGGACGGCGCGAAUCCACCACGACCACGUGGUUCUGCGCAGGAUACAUCAUGGCGGGGAUGGCACUGACCGCGAUGUGCUUCAACGUGCUGCACGACGAGAUCCUGCACCGAUUGCGCCACAUGGUGGAGAUGCAAAAGGAGCUCAAGACACACAACGAGCAGCGAAGGUUUCUCGCCUCAUGACGGUACGAGAAGAACACGAACCUGUACCAGCGGAAUCCCACCGAGGAAACCUUGAUUACCGGUACACCGACGUCCGUAAUCUUCGCCCAAGAGCCGG